CAUCAUCAUCUUCUUCAAUCCCCAUUCCUAUUUUGUUCAUACCCAUAUAUAUGUUUAGCUACCUAUUUACAGACAUAUAUUCCCCUGAAAAACCCUUUUGUGAUUUUGUUUUUGAUAAACUCUAAAGAAAACAGUCCCACCAUCAGUGAAAAAUCCCCCAAAGUACCACACUUUCCUUUCUUUCACCUCUCCAAACUCCCCUUUUUCUAUAAUAAACCCUUUACAGCUUUCAUUACCAUUGGUUCAUUCCUUCACAGUCUUAAAUCUUGGUUUGAAUUGAAGCUUUGUUGAAUUGGAAGGGGCUUGAUCAAUCUAGGGUUUAUCAAUGGCAUCAUCUGGUUUCUUUCUUAUCUGUAUGCUUCAUUCUCUGAUUGCUCUGACUUGUGGAGCUAUGAUGAUGUUUUAUUCCAAUGAGGUCUUUGUGUUUAGCCAUGGCAGUGAAAUUGCGAGUAAGCUUGUGGGAUCAACACCUCAUGAUGAGCUCUUGAUUCGUACUUCAGAUUCGUUUUCUGGGUUGCUUUUGUUUGCCAUUGGGUUUUUUCUGUUCAUGGUGGCAUUUGUUAAGGACAGAGAGUUUCAGAUCUUCUUUGCUAAAGGGUGUGUGCUUCUUCAUGUUGCCAUGGCGAUCUGGAGAGUUUACUUUGAGAGGAAGCUUGAAAUACUCGGACACGAUUGGCUGAGGCAGGUUGUUGGAGACAUUGUAUUGGCGCUUUCAUGGGUAUUCUUCCUUGUGUACUCUUGGAGGGAAAAGUAUGAUUAAUUUCAGUAGAAUUGAAAUGUCCCUUUGAUAGAAACAGAAACUUAAUGUUUAGCUUUGUACUUUUGGAGGCAUUAUCAAUGGAUCUGAGCAACAAUGGUGUAGAAUUCUAGCUUUUUGUCAUGGGGUUGUUUUAUUCCGUAGAAUUUGUGUGGGUACUGAAUUUUCUGAAUUUAAAGAGAGGUAAAAAGAUGGAGCAUAAAUUGAAUCCCAGAUUGGUAAGUUCACUUGAAAAUUGUUUGAGAUCUUGUAUAUGCUUGCAUUGUGGAAAAGUCAAUACUAGGUGGCCUGAAUCUGGGGUUUUGCAUUUUCGCCAGAAUUUGUUGAUAGAGCAUGUGAGAUGAGCGUACUUUCUCUUCACAUUUGUUGCCCUUUUUGCCUCCGUAUAGUUGUCAUUCUUGUAAAUUUUUCUUCAAAGAAUAAUGAAAACAUAUGAUUUCCAACUGUUUGCUCA